UUGUUGAAUGAGGCAGCCUGUCUCGGAAUACUUGAUAAAGUAGAGCAGUUAAUCCAAAACGGAGCAAGUGUCCAUCAUAUAAACAAGGUGAAUGGCAUGACUCCGCUACAUUGGUCGGAGCUCCGAGGACAUAAUGAUAUUAGUGAUUACCUUUUGGUCCAUGGGGCUGACCCGUCCAAACCGAGACUGGAUGGUAAAAAGCCUUCCGACUUGCGAUUAUCUGUACCUCUGUCCUAUCGACCAAACUACCUGAAUUACACCGAGUUUACUCAUGCGUCUCGAGAUGUAUGUGUGGUGAAUUCCGAACAACCUGUUAGUUCUCAGAAAUCUGAUUUGCUGCUUCUCAAGAUUCGACUAGCCAACUCCGUUGAUCCGGAUUUCUACGAAAUUGAUGCCCCCGUUUCCACCUGCACGUUUGACGCUUUUCGUGAGCUAAUCGCUACGGAACUGUCGGUUCAACCCUCUGAGAUAAAGAAAAUUCGGAAGCUCCCAAAUAUCAUACUUCGGAAAGAAUCAGAUCUCCGUCGUCUGAUGCCCGGUGCUGAGCUCGAAAUUGUCCUGUGAUUUCUUUUUGCACCAACAUAUUUGGUUACUCACUGUUCACAUCCUUUUAUCGAGGUCUACGCAUCGGUAUUAAAGUGUUUCCUGG